CUGUUUUGUUAGCCGCAGCGCCCCCUAGUGUCUGCAGGAGGGAACAUAACCAGCCAACGCUGUACCACCACAUCAGUGUGAAGAUGGCGGAGGGUGAAUUGAACGUGGACAGCCUCAUCUCUCGGCUUCUGGAAGUACGGGGAUGUCGCCCGGGGAAGAUAGUCCAGAUGACGGAGGCAGAGGUGCGGGGCCUCUGCAUCAAAUCCAGGGAGAUCUUCCUCAGCCAGCCCAUCCUGCUGGAGCUUGAGGCGCCCCUCAAGAUCUGUGACAGGGUAACACUUCCCCAGCCGGGUCAUAUAUUAAGUCACUGUUUACCUCGAUUGACUAUAUGGAUGAAGAAGGAUACACAUAGUGUAGGUGAUAUCCAUGGGCAGUACACAGAUCUACUGAGGCUGUUUGAAUAUGGUGGCUUCCCUCCAGAGGCAAACUACCUUUUCCUGGGCGACUACGUGGACAGAGGGAAACAGUCGCUGGAGACCAUCUGCCUCCUGUUGGCCUACAAGAUCAAAUACCCAGAAAACUUUUUCCUGCUCAGGGGCAACCACGAGUGUGCUUCCAUCAACCGCAUCUACGGAUUCUACGAUGAGUGCAAGCGCAGGUUCAACAUUAAGUUGUGGAAGACCUUCACUGACUGUUUCAACUGCCUCCCCAUUGCUGCUAUCAUUGAUGAGAAGAUUUUCUGCUGCCAUGGAGGUUUAUCGCCUGAUUUGCAGUCAAUGGAGCAGAUUCGCAGGAUUAUGAGGCCAACAGACGUGCCUGAUACAGGCCUGCUGUGUGACCUGUUGUGGUCAGACCCAGAUAAGGAUGUACAAGGUUGGGGAGAGAACGACCGCGGGGUCUCCUUCACUUUCGGAGCAGAUGUGGUCAGCAAGUUCCUAAACCGCCAUGACCUGGACCUCAUCUGCAGAGCCCACCAGGUUGUGGAGGAUGGAUAUGAGUUCUUUGCCAAACGCCAACUGGUCACACUUUUCUCUGCUCCAAACUACUGCGGGGAGUUUGACAAUGCAGGUGGCAUGAUGAGCGUUGACGAAUCCCUCAUGUGCUCCUUCCAGAUCCUAAAGCCUUCAGAGAAGAAGGCAAAGUACCAGUACGGUGGUGUAAAUUCUGGUCGGCCUGUCACCCCGCCCCGCACCGCCCAAGCCCCAAAGAAGAGGUGAAUGCGCAACCUUGGCUCUUCUCCCCUUCCUCCCUUCUCCCCCUUGUCCGUCCCCAGUCUGCCAUCGCAGCAAACCCCUGUAACUCCCCUGUAUAGCGAAGAUACAGGGCUUAUCUAAUUGCCCAAAUCUUUCUCCUCUUUCUUCACCCGCCCUCCCCAACUCCACUGACAGCUCUUUUCUUAAUGUGUACGUGUACAUAAAUUUGCUGUGACCAAUCUG